AUGGUCUCGAUAUUGAAAAAUAAAUUAUUCGACAUUAUUCGACAUUCACAAUGUCAACAAUCCAACGCACCAUAUUUUCUGGUGCAAGAAGGUUAAAUCCUUCUAAAUCCUUGAGCUCAUCAUAUAGUCUUCGUCGUUCUUUUACUCAGAGAUUAGUCAAAGGUAAAAUCUCACUCGGUCAAUCUUUACAGCUUUACUAAUUUGGAUAAAGUCAAUGAUGUUAUUUUGUUGAAGCCCGAGACAAAUGAAAAGUCUUUGCCUACUUUGACAAAGCCUUUGAAACAUGGUGAUUCUCUUGUAUUUAGAGAUCACAGAAAAGUCAAGGCAGACGAUGUCAUUGGAAAACCAUACAGAUCUGUAGUGGCUGGUGGUAGAAGGGCUUUAUUCCGAGUUUACGAGCCUACACUUGGGGAAUAUUGUGAUAAUGCUCCGAGAAUUGUGACCCCUGUGAGUAACUCGUACCAAAAAUCGUAUUUCAUAUGUUGACCUUUCGAACAGAUCUAUUCUCAAGAUGCAAAUUUGAUCGUCUCCUUAUUGGACAUCAAUUUUGUAGCAGUACCAUCUCCUCAAUCUGAAAUUGCUGAAGAGAGAGAAAAAUUUCUUCCCAAUCGACCACUUGUAGAAUCUGUCGUUUCAAAAAAUGAAGAAACUUUGGAGAAAGCGGCAAUCCCCGAGGAGAGUGAGACCGAAGAGAGUGAGAUUGAAGAGAGCGUUAAUUGGAAGCCAGAAAUAACAGCCGAAGAAAGCAAGACCGAAGAGAGUGUUGGUUCAAAGCCAGAAAUAACACCCGGAAGCGAGAGUUCGGAAUUUGAAAACAUUUCCGACGAGGGUGACCUCUUGGAGGACUUCAAGGAGCUUCCAGGGCCAUCCAGGAAGCUUACUGAUGCGGAAUUACUAGAGGACUGGGACUCCGUGAAGCAUGAUGAAAACAAACUGGAGAUUUUUGAGGCUGGCACUGGUGCCGGUUCCUUAACAUUACAUCUUGCACGAGCAAUUCAUGGGGCGAACACAAGGGCUCCACCAAUACCAAAGCUUCCCAAGACAAAGAGUAAGGUUAAUCCAGAUGAUGAUAUCUAUAGAUAUGGCGGUAAAUUCGGUGAGAGAAAUGAUAAGAUGAAUGAGCUAUACAAUGAAUGGCGCUCGCAGCGACGGGCUGUGAUUCAUUCCCUAGAUUUAAACGAGAAUCACUCAAGGCAUGCACAAAGAACUAUCAGAAAUUACCGCCAUGGAGCUUAUUUCCCACACAUCGACUUUCAUGUUGGUACCAUUCAUAGUUAUCUUUCAAAACGAUUGGAACAGACCCAGGAUGUCUUCCUUGAUCACGCUAUCUUAGAUAUCCCGGCUAUUCAAGACGAAAUGGAAAUUGUCGGCAAAUGUCUUAAGCCUAAUGGGCGUUUGGUUACAUGGUGCCCUAGCAUCACGCAACAUAUGAAGUGCCUGGAAGCUGUGAAGUCGAAGAAACUGCAUUUUGUUUUGGACAGAGUCUUAGAGUUGGGAUCGCAACUCAGUACUGGAGGGCGAGAAUGGGAGGUUAGAUCGGUAAAACCACGAGCAUUAAUUAAAGCCGAGAUGAAAGCCAAUGAGGAAAGAAUGGCGGAAGAAGACAUAGCCGAAGCAGCCUCUGCUGUUGACAAAUUUCUCGCUAGAGUUUCGAUGGAUGAGAAGAGCAAUGAGGAGAGCAAGGGAAAGAAGAAGGGAAAGGGGAAUGGGGAAAUUAAGUCAUCCGCGGGUAUGGAAGACAAACUCGAACCGAAUGAAGGUGUAAAAGAACUCGCUAAUUUCAUAGAUAUGUCAAAAUGGGAGACGAUCUGCAGACCCAAGGUUGGAGACAGGAUAACAGGUGGAGGAUUUGUUGGAGUUUGGAAGAAAAUGGAUAUGAAAGUGUAAAUUUAUAAUAUGGAAUUCUCUUUGUACUAUUGUACCAAUACAUACGCAUAUACGUAGCAAAAAUAGAAAUCUACUCUUCAAAUCUUCGUUUUCAGCUUUACUACGAGUAUAUGGAACAGCCCCGUCAUAUUUCCCGUCCGUUUUGCUCCU